CAGUGCAGGAUUUGCUCGUUACCACCACCAGCACCAUGCCGUCUCCGAUACCUUUGACACGCCUUCUUCCGAGAGACUUCGGACUCAGUCUGGGGGUCUGUAGCAGUCCUCUCACUAAGCACUCAGGAGACGCGACGCUCCGUGUGCCGGUCACUGCGUUUCACGGAAAGCUCGCAUGCAGACUCUGGUCUUCUGUGAUCCACUGGCGCGAGCUGUGUGAUUUGGAGUCCAUCGGCUCUGGUGGGUUUGGUUUGGUCUUCAGAGCUACGUAUUUCGGUGAGACGGUGGCGGUGAAGCGCGUCAAGUGCGCAAAGAACAAAUUGGCAUCGCGGCAGAGUUUCUGGGCCGAGCUAAACGCGGCGCACCUGCGGCACGACAACCUGGUGCGUGUGAUUGCCGCCAGCACGCAGGCCAACGGCGACGACGUCUCGGGCACGAGAUUAGACAGCGUCAUCGGCACCAUCAUCAUGGAGUACGCGGGCGACGUGAACCUGCAGCAGGUGAUCUACAGCGCCGCCGAGCCGCUGCUCACCGCAUCCUGCGUGCGUUACGCAGCCGACAUGGCGCGCGCCCUGAGCUACCUACACGCACACGGCGUCGUGCACCUGGACCUGAAACCUGCAAACGUCAUCGUGUCCCGAACCGGAGUGUGUAAGCUUGCAGAUUUCGGAUGCUCGUUAAAAGUGGAUCUUGUGCGCGAUCCUGAUUCCUCGGUUCGAAGGAUGGAGAUCGGCGGCACGUACACGCACCGAGCGCCCGAGCUGCUGAGAGGAGAGGACGUGACACCCGGCGCGGACGUCUACUCCUUUGGUGUCACACUCUGGCAGCUGCUCACACGUGAACCGCCGUAUGAAGGUGAACGACAGCACGUCCUAUACGCGGUGGUCGCCUUCCACCUGCGCCCUGAUCUAAACAAGGACGUGUUCAGUGCGUCCGGUCCGGGCCGCGAGUUUAAGGAGCUCCUUAUUCGGUGCUGGCGGGCGGAACCGAGUCAGAGACCAAGCGCAGAUCAGCUCCUCACUGAGCUCUCACAAUGAUGUCUGCCAAAACCUUUAAACCUGCUCCUGUCCAAAAACUGUCUACAAAAUAAAAACAACGCGCGCGACCACUUUUAAAACGAUGCCUUCAUACCGGCUCCAAUCAUGGUGACCAAUUGUCAUUUACGUCGGUUUGCCUUUAUGGGUGUAGCUUAAGACACAAUGGAUCCUUACAUCAUUUUAAAAACUGUCUUAAAAUUAUUUGGAAUGAUCCCAUUGUUUAGUUAUUGUAAAUAAGUGUCUGUAUAAAUAUAAAUUGUAUAAAUAUGCAUUGUUUUAUGUUUUCAGAAAUGGAUUUUGAUUAAAAUGUUUUCAUGUA